UCUUUUAAACGUCUGUCCCGCCUACAGGACAGGAAACAGUCAAAUCAGAGAGCGUCCACAACACCGACCAAACGAGUAAGUGGGGCGGACUGAACUCAGGCUCGAUCUGUCGUUGACGGAGUGUUGGAAGCCAUGAAGGGAGCAGCCAGACGCAAGGUGGUGACAUCAGGGAGACUGACCGGAGGAGCCAAAGUACAGAUGGGCAGGAAACCGGUGGCUUCAAAUCCUGCCCCGGCAGCCACCCUUGAGCCAGCAUACUCUCUGUACUCCACUGACUCUGAGGACCAGGUCACCACUCUGCAUAAGGGGUUGGAUCGCUGUGCUGCCCUGCUCAGUGGCAUCCUUCAGGCUGAGGCCACAGCCACACAAAGCUUUCCUAAAGCAGCGACUGCUGGAGUUGCCAAAUCAAAAACAUCCACCUCACUGGGGAAGAGGUCCAUCAAGAAACUACCCAUAAAGGCAGCAGUCCUGGUCAAGAGUUGUCAGGCAGGCCAGUGUGGACCCAGAACCUUAACUCCCAAACCAUCCCACCACUCACCUGCUCCAGCUGCACACACGGGGGUGAAGCUGCCUUCACCACGGAAACGGCUUCACAGGCAGCUGCAGUCUCAUCAUGCACGUCCUCCGUCCAGUAAAACACUGUCCCCCACCAACCCCCUACCCAAAACUCAGUCCCAGCCCUCCGUUCUUUUGUCUGUUGUACAGUCAUCCUCUCAGCUCAGCCCGUUGUCUGAACAAGACUCUGUGAGGCCCUGUAAUGCAGAGUGUGACUUUGUCCCUGUGAGAGACACAAACGCUCAGAGCAGAGGCUCAAGUCCACAUAUGCAGAGCUGUACCAUUAGGAUGUCAGACAUGCAGUUGGAGCCUGGACAUGGCGACAAGCUCUCCCAGGAUGGAGACGACCAGAGGAACUGCAGCACAGAGAAGGAGGCCAAGGUGAAGACGAUUCAGUAUCUGCUGGAAGAACUCAAGACUCUGAUUGCUGGACAAGGCAAUGCAGCAGAGAUGCUGCUCGGUUACCUGGAGCAGGCUGUUUUCCUGCCACAGGUGAAUGAUGGGAGUCCGACCAUCCAGGCUGGACCAGAGCUGUCCUCGGCACACAGUCAGAACACUCAGCUCCGCAGGUGUAUGAGGACUCUGGAACAGCAGUUAAAAGAGAAAGCAGAGACUCAGCAGAACGCGGAGACACUGUGUAAUUCAGAUGUGUCAGCCCUGCAGGAGGAGCUGUCCACCGCCCAUUCCCGUCUGCAGCGUCUCCAGGACGACCUCGUAGAGCUGCGCCAAGCUCUUCAGGACACCCAGAGGCGGCUGAGCGUCAGCGAGGAGGAGAAUAGAGCCUUAAAGACGGAGCUGGAGACCGGCAGCAGCAGGUUGAUGGAGAGUGAGCGAGAGAGGAGUGAGCUGGCUGCACUCGCACAACAAAGGCUGGAAGAGAUAGAAAACCUUAACAGGAUCCUUCAGAGCCGGGAGGCAUUGAACUGUGCCACAGUGGCCCCCUCAUUGUCAGGCACUUGCUUGACAGCGCAACAGCAGCACAGGCAGCAUCCAGCCAGGCCUCUCACUGACCACAUCGCCCAGUACCUGAUGUCUCUGGAGCAGCUGGAUCCCACUGAGCACGUGCAGCUGGCGCCAGAAAGGGAGGGAAGCGCGGAGGGCGUGCGAAGGAGACUGUCGGACCUGAUGCCGUCCCACCUCGAUGUGGAGUCUGUGCAAUGCGACUGGAGCGUGAGGUCGGAGUCGACCUUUCACACCAAGGACGAGGCAGCGUUCAGGGACGGGCUGGCAGCGCUGGACGCCAGCAUCGCCAGCCUGCAGAAGACCAUUCAGCUGGACCUGAGGAGGUGAUGCACCUGCACACUCCUUUUCAAACACCGUGUUAGCACCUGAGCAGCACUGACGGCGCUCAUGCUGCAUCCUGCACUUUUAAUGUUAUUUUUUGAUAUUUACCAACAGAAAUAAAGCAUUUUAUAUUUAA